AUGCCUCUUCUCAAUAUCUGUGGGACGACCUCAGAGAGGAAGACCUUCUCUAUAGCCUCGAUUUUCCUUAGUGGCGAAGACGAAUCGCGGUACCGCUGGGCUUUCGCUACGCUGCUUGCACUGCUAGCAAAGGAGAACAUUCGCCUUCCCCGCGUGAUACUUACGGACCGAGACCUCGCUCUAAUGAACGCUAUCGUGAGCUUCAAAGAGCUCGAAGGCGUGGUCCAUAUACUCUGCCGCUGGCAUGUCAACAAGAAUGUAUUGGCUAAGUGCAAACAACACUUCCCUAAGGCUGUGAGGGACGCCCAAGGUCGGGUUGUCCGCGAGCCUACAUUCCAGGCGUUUCUAGACGAAUGGCAGGCUCUGUCCACGUUAAUCUAA